UUAUUUAAGCAUUGAAAAGAUUAAUAUGAUUAAUUAUUUACAAACUACAGAUUAUUAUGAAGCUAAAUUUCCAACAAGCAGCACGAGGUGUGAAUAAAGAUGUCACCAUUAAUGUUAUCGAUACGUGUCCUAAAUGUAAUGGUUCUCGUUGCGAACUUGGAACGAAAGCAAUCAGAUGCCCGUACUGUAAUGGAACAGGGAUGGAAACUAUUAGCACAGGACCAUUUGUCAUGAGAAGUACGUGUCGACGCUGCCACGGGACACGCAUGCAUAUAAAGUUUCCAUGUAACGAAUGUGAAGGCAAGGGGACAACUGUGCAGAAGAAAACUGUGACAGUACCAGUUCCAGCAGGUGAGAGAAAGUUACUGAUAUUAAUACACCAGUUCCAGCAG